AUGAAUCCAUUUUCUCUGGAUGCAGCCUUUGAUCUUGAAACUCCUUCGGAAAGCAGACAAACCCUGUUUCCUUCCACACCAAUCAAUACUCAAAGUCUGAGUGAUAUUUCAGCAUUUGUCUUGACGAGUAUCACCCAGGAGGAAUCUAGUGAUCCGAGCUGUAUUAUACGAAAUAAUUUAAAGAAUAUCUUAUCCUUCCUUCCAAUAUGUCCAGCCUUGUUCUACUUUAAAUUGGUCAGUAAAGAGUGGAGUGAAACGAUCAUGGAUAUUAGAGAGGAAAUUUAUCAAGGAAAGGCUUCAAUUUCACUUUUAACAUUUUCCAAGCACAAGAAAAUCAUCAAUGGAGUUAAUGUUCAAUCCGAUACUAUAGUCACAACAGCACAAAAUACACCACAAAGCUAUCAAUCUACAUCCAAGUCGGAAUUGAAUAUUAAUUUUCCUCUGGCACUCUUGGAAAAUCUGUGUGACAAUAAUCCUUUGAUUGGACCUAAUACUCACAUUCAAUCUGUGGAAUUACUAGGAUUAACAAUUUCAGAGAUGGAAUUUGUUCUUAAAAAACUAGCACAAACAAGAAAUAGUAGUGGAUUUAAUAAGAUGAUAAUGCCAUCAACACCAUCAUCAGGAUUAUUGAUGGAUAAUUUUGAUGCCUUUCCUCCAACCCCAGCAGUUUUUAAAUCAGCAGCCAAUCAAACAUUUAAUAAUAUUCAGCCACUCAUCAAGAAUUUAGUAAUUGGUUGGCCAAACACAACUGUUGAAAAUAAUUUUGUAAUCCCUCAACUUUCCAAUACAGCUGGUGGACCUGUUAAUUCACAAGUAUUUUCACUUUCUGCAUUAGACACAAGCGAAUCACAAAUUCAACUACCAGAUGACGAUGAAGAGGAUAGUGAUAUGGAUGAUUUCAUUGAAUAUGAUGACGAUAAUCAGGAUUACACAACUGUAAACGGAGCAGGUGAAGAUGAAGAAGAUGAUGAUAUAGUAACCUCACUCAAAACAACAGUUUCAUUCAAUACCAGUACAAUAUCAGUUUUACAAUCAAUUGAGACUAUUCUCAUUAUUGAUGCUGUCAAUGAGAGAAGUUUGAUCAAUUAUGAUAUUCUGGUUGAUUCAUUUAAUGCUGAGGCUUUAUCAUCUAUGGAUGAUGUUGACUUUCGAGUUGACAGUUUUUCUAAGGAGGAUUAUACACCCUCAAAGUUUAACCAUCUCUUGGAUUUCAUCUUCUUUAACACAAAUCCAAUAUAUUCUUGCAAGAUGAAAUUCUUGAGGAAUCCAUUCUUUUACUAUGCUGAAGAUAGCUAUCAUGAUAUGGUUAAUUCUGAAUUAAAACCAUACCUAAAUGCCCUGACACAGUGCAAAUCAUGUGGACCACUCUUCCACUAUUCUAGAUGCCUUCUUUCUGAUGUAAUAUCGAAUGAAUUUCUCAUCGAUAUAAAGUUCCUAAAGGAAAAUUGGAAUGUACUUUUAAAACCACUCUAUGAAUACAAUUUAUUGAAUUGGAAUGAUACAGUUUACAAGUACUCGACUGAGAAAGCAGAUGUUAUCCAAACUGUUUUGAAAUUUGUGUAUGAACUCUACGCUAACCCUAAUGCUCUUUCAAGUCAAACAUUCAAACAAGAUUUGAUGAGCUCAUUUUCUGAAACCUAUUCCACCUUCUUGGAAAAUGAAAGUGUCAGUCUUGCUACUAAUAUUUUGGAAACACUCGCAGAGUGGAGCAGAAACACACUUCCUUCCAAUCUAGAUUUAAAGCCAUACGACAUUCACCACUUUUCUCAUUGCUUAAAUAUGAAAUCAUCCUCCUACUUUACCAAGGCAAUUGAUCACUUCUUUAUGGGCAUAAUCAAGACCCUUGACUCUGAAGAAACCACUCGUCAAAUUAGGAGCUGGAAUAGUCUAUUAGAAAGUGGCCAAAAGAGAAGUCUUUCAACAGUACCAACACCUGAAACCAAAAAGAAGAGAAUUCAAUUAUAA